AAAAAUGUAUAUAAAACAGCUAAUUUUCAAUGGACCAUUGAAGUUAAGAUUUCAAAAUAUUGGUCCAAGAUAUUUCUUUUCAAAGGAAAAUAAAAUUAUCGAAUCCGCUGAGGAGGAACCUAUCCUUAUAGAAGAGAAAGAUUAUGCUGAGUUAGAAAGAAAGAGAAAUAAAUCAAGACUUACAGAAGCACAUAGGAAUAUAUUGUUAGGGAAAAAGCCUUACAAUACACCACAAGAUUGGUUUCAUGAGACAGUCAAAUACAAGAAACGAAUAUUAGGAAGGUAUGGAAUGGAAGCUUUAGGAGAAUCUGCAGGAUUGGCUUGGCCUACUCCUGAAGAAGUAGAAGACAUGAAAGAAUAUGAAAGUCUUGCACAUCCAUUAAAUAUUCAAGAAAGAUUACAACAGAUUAAAGAAAAAAAGAAAAUGGAAGAAGAAGCAUUGUUAGCUAAGCAAGCGGAAAUAGAAAAGAAAAUGGCCACUAUGAAGCAAUUAAUAGCUCAGGUACAAGAAAAAAUAGCUCAAAAGCAGAAGGUAGAAUUGGAAGCUAAAGAGCGAAGGGAACGUAAGAUUGAAGAGAUUAGACGUCAAUUGAUAGCUCAAGGAACUAUGUCCACAACAAAACUAACAGAGGCAGUGACUAUGGCAGAAAAAGAUGAGAAAAAGUUAAAGAAGGAACUGAAGAAAGCAAAGGCAUUGGAGAGAGAAAAGAAAAUAGCAGAACGAUUGCUUAGAGAAUCUGAAAGUAAUAAAGCAGAGGAAGAUGAAGAUGAAACAGAUUCUCAACAAAAAUAAUUAAAUACCUACGAAACAGACAGUUUGAUGAAAACGUGUUGUAUUGUAAAAUAAUUUCUACAUAGUAAAAUGAACACUUUACAAACA